AUGGAUCUCGAGUCACGAAACGCAUCGCUGCAGUCUGAACUCGAUAACGCCACACCGAGCUCCCUGUCGAAGCGAAACCAAGAUCCCACAUCAUGGUUGCCUAGAAAACCAUCGAGACAUACGCUGGAGAGUCACCGAGGGAUGAUCAACUGUAUUGCUUUCCACCCAAGAUUCUCAUCGAUUGCCUCUGGAUCCGACGAUUGCACAAUCAAGAUCUGGGAUUGGGAACUGGGCGAACUGGAACAAACAAUCAAAGGCCACACGCGUGCCGUCAAGGGUCUUGAUUACGGCGGGCCUCGAGGUGCUACGUUAUUGGCAUCAUGCAGCUCAGAUCUCACUAUCAAACUGUGGGACCCGUCAGAUCAAUACAAGAAUAUUCGAACAUUGUCGGGCCACGACCACAGCGUUAGCGCGGUUCGGUUUAUAUCAUCUGGCUCAGGGGGCUCGCAGUCCUCUGCAAACUUGCUGGUCAGUGCUAGCGCAGACAAGACUUUGAGAAUAUGGGACACGGCAACUGGCUACUGCUUGAAGGCCCUACGAGGCCACGUUGAUUGGGUGCGAGAUGUUUGCCCGUCAGGGGACGGACAGUUCAUCAUAUCGGCUGGUAGUGAUCAUACUGCACGGCUCUGGGAUAUCUCUGUCCCUAACCCAGAGAAUAAAGUAACGCUCAUUGGACACGAAAACGCUGUUGGCUGUUGCACAUUUGCGCCGCCAUCAGCAUAUGUUCACUUGGCCUCCAUGGCCGGUCUGAAGAAGGCACCGCCCGCCACCAGCUCGGCGGAAUUCCUGGCUACGGGCUCCCGCGACAAGACUAUCAAAUUAUGGGACGGACGAGGCAUCUGCUUCAAGACGCUUGUGGGACACGACAACUGGGUGUCAUCGCUUGUUUUCCACCCUGGCGGCAAGUAUCUGCUCUCGUGUGCGGACGAUAAGACAAUACGAUGCUGGGACUUGAGCCAGGAAGGCAAGUGUGUCAAGGUACUGGACGAAGCUCACACACAUUUUGUGACAUGCCUACGAUGGGCACCGAGUAUCCUAAAGGACGGCGGGUCUGUAAAUGGGAACGGUACGCAAGAGCAAGGAUCGGAAAACGAUGGGGGUUUGAAAAAGAGUGUAGGGCCGGCCGGGGCCUCGGAUGAGCAGAUGCGAUGUGUUAUUGCAACGGGGAGUGUCGACAUGACACUUAGGAUAUGGGCGAAUUAG